UUUUCACAAACAAUAUUUUAAGUAAAGUAGUAAACCUUUCUAUUUAAUAAUUCUUUUAAAAACUGGUUUACGUAAUUCGAAGAAGAGAACCAGGAGGGAUUUUGAAUUAAGAACGGUUCGAACUGAACCGGAACUAAACCCUAUACCUCUGUGAAAUCACCUGAACCGGUGAGAUCCUCCUGCAUCUCGUAGAGAACGCGACGGAGAGAGAGGAGAUAGAGAGGGCGAGUCCAUGGCUCUCUUUCGAUUUAUCCCUUCUCGGAAGCUUCAACCGCUGUUUUUCAGCAGAAGUGUUGUUGUAAAUGUCGAUCAAUUCGAGCUGCCAUGCCUUGUGUCGCGUCGAGCUUUCUUCUCUACUCAGAAGCUCGUAGGCGAUGAACCAGUACUCGUUCGAGAUUUCAUACACACUGCAUUAUAUGAUCCAAAACAAGGCUACUUCUCUCAACGAUCAAAAUCUGUUGGGGUUUUAGAGAGAAGCAUUAAGUUUAACCAGCUUGAAGGAAGGAAAGCGUAUAUGAAACUCUUGGAAAAAGUAUACAAGCAGAGUGACAUUUCUUGGUUUACUCCCGUGGAGCUUUUCAAGCCUUGGUAUGCUCAUGGGAUUGCAGAAGCUAUAUUGCGUACCACAAAUCUCUCAGUUCCAUUAAAGAUCUAUGAAAUUGGUGGUGGAUCCGGCACGUGUGCUAAGGGUGUAUUGGACUAUAUAAUGUUGAAUGCUCCUGAGAGAAUCUACAAUAACAUGAGCUACAUUUCUGUAGAAAUCAGUCCUUCACUGGCUAAGAUUCAAAAGAGAACUGUUGCACAAGUUGGAAGUCAUCUAUCAAAGUUCCGAGUUGAGUGCCGUGAUGCAUCUGAUCUAUCUGGAUGGAAGAAUGUGGAGCAACAACCGUGCUGGGUGAUAAUGCUUGAGGUGCUAGAUAAUCUCCCACAUGAUCUUGUCUAUUCUAAAAGCCAAAUUUCCCCAUGGAUGGAAGUCUUAAUUGAGAAUAAACCAGAGAGCGAAGCACUCUCUGAGCUAUACAAGCCUUUAGAAGAUCCACUGAUCAAGCGCUCUGGUGAAAGAGCCCCACUGGUUUCAACAAAGAAAGAUGGGUGUAGCUCAGAUUACAGUAAUUAUCUAGACGCAAAGGGUGAUGCUGAUAUAUUUUUUCCAACCGAUUUCUGGCUUUUGGAACGAAUGGACCAUUAUUGUUCUGGUUGGAGGAAGACGGAAAAGGACGGGACACCAUCCAAAAAAGGAAGGAAAAGGAGAACUCUCACUCUCGAUACAUCAGCAUUCAUGGAUGAGUUCGGUUUACCUUCAAAGACGAGAACAAAGGACGGAUAUAACCCCUUACUUGAUGACUUCAAGAACACUAAGUUCUAUCUUAGUGUCCCAACACACAACACUAAGUAGCAAGUAAAAGAUUCAUCAUCAUCAGCUCAUGGAUGUCUGAAUUUUGCAGAAAAUGAGAGCUUUCUCAAUUCCCUUUAAAAGGAUUACUUAUUUCUUCUCUGAUAUGAUUUAAUAAGUUUAAUCAAAUAUUCCAUUGCCCAUCUUUGUCUCGCCAGUUGAAUAUAGCUCCAAAACGUAGUUAUUUGCUUUUUGCGUUUUGCUGUGUUUCUGGCUUUCAAUCACUCUUUUUGCGAUUGUAACGUAAUGGGUUUUGGUUAAACGCGCCCAAAUAACUGAUUUAAAACUUUGAUCUAUGGAGGCUUUCGUUAUUUUA